AUGAGGUCAUUGGAUGAGGGAAAAAAACUAAAAAAUAAAAGAGCAACUGUGCGAACUGCAGUAACUAAAUUAAUUACAAAAUCUGAGAAGUUACUAAAAGAUAUCGCUGAAGUUGCGGAUUUUGAUUCGAUAAGCGAAUCACUGGAUAUCUUAAUUGAAAAAGAAAAGCUAUUAAAAGAAUUAGAUUCCGCAAUAGAUGAUCUAAUUACUGAUAAAGCAGAGUAUGAAAAAGAAAUAACCAAUGUUGAAGAAUAUUCUGACAAAAUCUUAAGUCUAAAAUUUAAGCUUAAGAAUACACUGAGAAAACGUAACGUAAAUGAAGACCUUAAAGUAGAAAAUGCCAUUAAUGAAUCAGUGUUAGAAAAUAAAAGAUUUUCAGCAGUAAAACUGCCUAAGUUACAAAUAGAAAAAUUUAGUGGAGAUUCGAGCCAAUUUCUUGAGUUUUUUAAUACAUUUUCCAAUGCCAUUGAUUCAAACGAAUCUUUAACUGAAAUCGAGAAGUUUCAGUAUUUAAAAUCAUUGCUAUCAGGACCUGCAUAUAAUGUUGUUGCGGGAUUUCAACUAAAUGAUAAAAAUUAUAAAGUAUGUUUAAAAUUGCUUCAAGAACGGUACGGAAGACGCGAAAACAUUAUCAGUUGCCAUAUGAACAAAAUUCUUAAUCUUGAAGGGGUGAAAUCUGCUAAUAAUGUUAAAGGUUUAAGAAAACUUUAUGAUAGUGUAGAAGUGAGUGUCAGAAAUCUUGAAGCAAUGGGUGUUACGUCGGGCUCAUACGGACAUUUGUUAUUGCCUAUUUUGCUAAAACUGUUGCCGGAAAAUUUAAUUCUAGAUUUUCAUAGAAAACGGGACCCAGAUAAAGAUACAGAAGUUACAGAGUUAAUCACGUUUAUUAAAGAUGAACUACGAUGUCGCGAAGCUACUAGUAUAAUAAACAACUCGUCAAACGAAAAUUCUCAAAACAAGCAUACUAAUUUCUCUCAAAGUAAGCGUAUGCCUUCGGCUGCUGCAUUAAAUACAACGGUAAAGCAAUUCUGCAUAUUUUGCAGAGCUUCCGAACACACAGGAAUAAAUUGCACAAAAUUCUCUGAUGAACAAAAAAGAUAUAAAUUAAAAAAGGAAGGACGUUGCUAUAAGUGCUUUUUAAAAUCUCAUUUGUCAUCAAAUUGCAAAUCAAAGCUUAUUCCUUGUUCAAAAUGUGAAAGUCGUGAUCAUAAUUAUUUAUUUUGCUUUAAAGAAAUUAAAGAACAAAAUCUUGAGAAAGAUAAAAUUGGUGCAAUUGUGUCUAUGAUGUCGGAGCAAAGAUUUAAACAGAAUAAAUCUACGCUUUUACAAACUCUUUGUGUUUCUGUCUCUACUGGAAAUAGAUGCAUUCUAGCGAGGGUUCUUUGCGAUAGCGGGUCUGAAAGGUGUUUCGUGAAAAGUUCCUUAGUGAAAGAACUUAAAUUGAAAUCUAUUAGGAAAGAAAACUUGUUGAUUUACCCUUUUGGGCAAAGACAACCUUAUGAAUCUUGUUAUGAUGUGGUUGUUCUUGAACUUAAUAGUAUUGUACAACCAUGCAAUUCUAUUAAAAUAGAAGCUCUUGUAGUACCUGAAAUUACCGGGGCAAAAGUAAAACCUGUAGCAUUUGAAAUUAUAGAAACCAUGAGAAAAAGCGGAUAUACGCCAUCAGAUGUAGGUCUUGAAUCUGAAAUAAAUGUAUUAUUAGGCUCUGAUUUCUUAUGGAAAAUUCAAAAGGGAAUUGUCGAAAAUUUCACAAAAGAAUUGUAUGUAGUGGAAGCUAUAUUUGGUCAUACAGUGCAGGGAAGAACUGAUUCAAAUAAGAGGGACGUGAAUUGUUUAAGGGUUUCAGUUGGAAAUAUAAACACCCAGCUAAAAUCAUUUUGGGAUUUGGAAUCUCUUGGUAUUGAAAAAAAUGAAGGUAACACUGCUAAUCUUGAUGCAGUAAAAGAAUUUCAAGCAAAUUUGAAAUUUGUAAACGGUCGUUAUGAAGCACGUUUAUUAUGGAAGGAUUCUCGUGAGUUACUUGGAAAUAAUUUGGAAGUAGCCAAAGUAAGGUUUUCUAAUUUAGAAAACAAACUCUUGAAAAACAAUUCAUUGUUUGAGGAUUAUAACUCUAUUUUACGGGAUCAAUUUGAUCAAGGUAUAAUACAACUUUGUCCUGAGGAAUUUGUUAAUAAUGACUGUUAUUACAUGCCGCAUAGACCUGUAAUUCGUGAAGAUAAAACUACUACAAAAACGCGUAUUGUUUUUGAUGCGUCAUCCAAACAAGCUGGAUAUUUAUCUCUAAAUGAAUGUCUAAGUCCCGGUUCAAAUUUAAACCCAAAUGUAUUAGACAUAAUUUUAAAGUUUCGUGAGCAUAAAAUUGCCUUUUCUGCCGAUAUUGAAAACUCUUUUCUUCAAAUUUCUAUCGCUGAAGAAGAUCGCAACUAUUUAAGAUUUCUAUACUAUAAUAAUUUUGAUAUUCAUGAAAAUAUAGUUCCUUACAAUAUGGCGAGAUGUCCUUUCGGCGUAACUUGCAGUCCUUUUAUUCUCUCUUGUACGGUGAAAUAUCAUAUAAAUAAAUACAAAAUAUCUCAUGAGAAAACAGUUGACAUGUUAAACUCGUCACUAUUUGUAGAUGAUUUAUUUUUUGGGGCAAAUACUACUGAAGAAGCUUUUAAGUUGUCGGUAGAAGCUGUUGAAAUCAUGAACAAAGGGGGAAUGAACUUAAGAAAAUUUGAAACUAAUUCAGAAGAACUUAGAGCUAAGUGGAAUGAGCAGGACUGUAUUGAUAACUUUAAUUCUGAUAAUACUUCACUGAAAGUACUAGGGUUGAUCUGGAAUAGCGAUAAUGACACUUUUAGUUUAGAUUUUCGUAAUUUGUUAUCAAAAAUAAAUGAUAACUGUACUAAACGAAAUGUCCUUAGAAUUGCAGCUAUGAUUUUUGAUCCAGUUGGAUUCAUAGCACCUUUUGUCAUUCGUAUGAAAUGUUUCUUGCAACAAUUAUGGAUAGCGGGACUGGAUUGGGAUGAAAACUUUUCUGGCGAGCUUCAAACUAACUGGAAAAUUUGGCUUUCAGAAAUUGAAGACCUAAAUCAAUUGACAAUUUCGAGGCAUUACUUUAAUUCUUUAGUAAUCACGGGAAAAAUUGUUAUUCAAUUGCAUGUGUUUAGUGAUGCAAAUCCAAAGGCGUAUGGUGCAGUAGCAUAUUUGCGGUAUCAAACAUCGCAUGAUAGUUUCAAAACCAAUUUUGUCCUGGCUAAAUCGAGGGUUGCACCUCUAAAGAAAAUUUCGCUACCACGACUUGAACUAAUGGGGGCACUCAUUGGUGCAAGAAUUGCAAAUUAUAUUAAGAAUUUUUUAUUAGUGUCGAAUAUUUUUUAUUGGACAGAUUCAGAAAUUGUUCUUCAUUGGAUAAAGGGCUCAAAAGAAAAAUGGAAACAAUUUGUAUCUAACCGUAUUGCGGAAAUACAUGGUCUAUCAGAUCCUAAUUCAUGGGGACAUUGCGAAUCCAAAAUUAACCCCUCCGAUCUAAUUACAAGAGGUUGCUCAGCAAAAACCUUAAUAAGUUCUAAACUAUGGUGGAACGGACCUGAAUUCUUAUCCCUACCUGAAGAUCAGUGGAAAAGUGCUAAAAAACGCGCAAAACAAAUUGACGUUUCUGACGAACUUUCUCGAAAAUCAACAUACAUUUUGUCUUGCGUACUAAAGGAAAAUGAUGUUCCAAUUAUCAACAUAGCUAAAUACAGUUCUUUAACAAAACUUUAUCGUGUAACUGCAUGGAUCUUCAGAUUCAUUUAUAACAGUAGAGUAAAAUUUGAGGAAAGAAAUCGCGAAGAACUUUCAGCUGAUGAAAUAAAACGCGCAGAAAUUUUCUGGGUGAAAACAGUUCAAAGUGAAAGUUUUCAUGAUGUUAUAAAGUGCUUGAAAGCGAAAAAGAAGAUUCCCAAGGAAUCGAACAUUUUUCAGCUAAAUCCUGUAUUGUCAGAAGAAGGUGUACUUUUAGUACGGGGAAGAUUGCAAAAAUCUAAUUUAACUUUUCAUGGGAGACAUCCUAUUAUAAUUCCUGAUAAGCAUUAUUUCACAAACUUGGUCAUAAAAGACUCUCACGAACGUGUUUUGCAUGCAGGAGUGGCCGACACUUUAGUACAAACUCGGGAAAAGUUUUGGAUUCUAAGGGGAAGACAAUGUGUAAAAUCGGUUCUUAAUAAUUGUUAUAUUUGCAAGAAAUUUAAUAUUCGUCCUGGGCAACAAGUAAUUGCACCUCUUCCCGGCGACCGAAUCAACGAAUCACCUCCCUUUUCGGUCACAGGACUUGAUUUCGCUGGACCCCUUUACGUUAAAGGCAGUGAAAAUAGGCAUUAUAUUUUAUUAUUUACCUGCUCAAUUACUAGAGCAAUUCAUUUGGAGCUUGUCAAGGAUAUGACAACUGCUGAAUUUUUAUUGGCUUUUCGCAGGUUUAUUUCUCGAAGAGGUUUGUGUGCUAUAAUAUAUUCCGAUAAUGCAAAAAGUUUCAAAAGAGCUGAAAUUGAGUUGAAGGAAAUGUGGAAGGCAAUCCACCAUCCAGAAGUUAAAAAAUUUUACUCCACUCUUGGAAUUACUUGGAAAUAUAUCGCUGAACGAGCAGCAUGGUGGGGUGGGUUUUACGAAAGAAUGGUUCGCUCGGUUAAAACCAGCCUACGUAAAAGCAUAGGAAGAUCAUCUUUAACUCUGAGUGAGUUAGAAACUCUUCUUGUAGAAGUUGAGGCCAUGAUCAAUUCUCGACCUUUAACCUAUGUUUAUUCAGAGUUUGAAGAACCAUCGCCCCUUACGCCUGCCCACUUUUUGAUUGGAAAACGAGCCAUGUGUUUACCUGUAAUUAAAAUUAAUGAUUUAAAUUUGCCUGGAACUAAGGAAAUUUUACUCAAACGUUUACGCUUGCGCGAAACAAUAUUGAACCACUUCUGGAAACGUUGGAUAAACGAAUACCUUCUGAAUUUAAGGUCAGCACAUCACACAAACCAAAUCAGAAGUCAUGAUAUCAAGGUAAACGAUGUGGUGCUAAUUCAUGAUGAGCAUCUGCCAAGAAGUUUUUGGAAAAUGGGAAAAAUUCUUGAAACAAUUCCAGGAAGAGAUGGGAAAAUUCGAUCCUGCAAAAUACAAACUGGAAAUGCCACAUUAAGAAGACCUGUUCAACUUCUCUAUAAUCUUGAGAUAAGAGACUUGAAGAAUUAG